GCCACCGCUCCUACAGUAAAUAUUUGUGUUUGCUCAACCGGCUGUAAUGGUGGACGACUGAGGCUGAAAAGGAGAGUAAUAAAACUCACAAAAUAGAGUUCAAAGAAGCUCCACUGCUAGCCGCGAGUAGGACACCAUCGUCGUUAAAACAUGGAUGAACUCAAGCAUCAAGUUAUGAUCAACCAGUUCGUCCUGGCGGCGGGUUGUGCGGCAGACCAAGCGAAGCAGCUUUUGCAAGCGGCACAUUGGCAAUUUGAGACUGCCCUCAGUGCCUUUUUUCAAGAAACAAAUAUCCCAUACGGCCAUCAUCAUCAAAUGAUGUGCACGCCAGCCAACACUCCGGCCACGCCCCCCAACUUCCCGGACACGCUCACCAUGUUCUCCCGCCUCAAGGCGUCCGAGAGCUUCGGCGGCGGCGGCGGCGGUAGCCCCAUGUCCGCCGCCAUGGCGACCUCCCCGCCCCCGCCCCCUCCCCAGUUCGGCGGCGGCUGGGGGGUCCCGGCGAACGCGCCCCAGCACCACCACCACCAGCAGCACCACCACCACCACCACCACCACGCCCCACAGCCCCAGCAGGGCCUCUGGACUCAGGGGCAGCCCCCCUCGCAGGCGCCCUGCCCCGGGUGGCCGGCCAUGGCCAUGAACGGCAGCCCGCACGCCGGCCCCGAGCAGAAGGCCAGCGUCGCCAUGGAGGCGGAGAGAUGAGCGCCUGGAUGGGACUUACCCCCCCCCACCACCACCACCACCGUAGAACACGCCUUCCUGUGUGAUCGAGAGGCAGGUGUGGAGGACGGGGUUCGGGAGGACUCUGAGAAU